GAUCCAAAAUGGGCAGUCCUCUGACGGGGCUGAGAAAAAAAAAAAAAAAAAAAAAAAAGCCAUUUUCUGGCGCUGCUGCAAAUUCUAUCCAAGUCCAAAUAAUUGAGCUGGAUCCUCGUUGUGGAGGAGAGGGAGACUUUGAUGUCUAAUCAGAUCUGUCCAGAUGGAUAAAAUGCAGCCCAACCGGAUUAAAAUCACAGAUCUGAACCCACACCUUACAUGCCCACUGUGCGCUGGUUACUUAAUUGAUGCUACAACCAUAGUAGAGUGCCUGCACUCCUUUUGUAAAACUUGCAUCGUUGCCUUCCUGGAGACAAAUAAGUUCUGCCCUCGAUGUGACGUUCAGGUUCACAAGACAUGUCCACAGCUCAGCAUCAGAGCAGACAAAACUCUACAAGAUAUAGUUUAUAAGCUUGUUCCUGGGUUAUUUAAAGAUGAGAUGAAACGGAGGCGGGACUUCUACGCAGAGAACCGUGUGCUGGAACCAGGGGAAGUGGUGGAGACGUUUAACAUAGCAGAGGAUGAAAUCAUCAGUCUGUCCAUACAGUUCUACGAGAGGAACAAACAUAAUGAGAGGCAGCAUUCAGAGAUGGAAGGAGACAAGUCCAACGGUAAACGCUUCCUGCAGUGCCCAGCAGCCAUGUCCGUCAUGCACUUAGCAAAGUUCCUCCGAAGCAAGAUGGAUAUUCCCAACAACUAUCGGGUGGAGGUGUUGUAUGGAGACGAGCCCUUGAAGGACUACUACACACUAAUGGAUAUUGCCUACUUCUAUGAGUGGAGACGAACUGGACCCAUCCCCCUGCAGUAUCUGGUCAAACCCACCCGGAAGCGCAGGAGGCCGUCCCAGUCUGUCGCCCAGGGCCACUCCGACGGCGUCAACACCAGCCCAACAUCGGAGAGCGACUCCCAAAGCGACAAAGUCCACAGUCCCGCCGCAGUCCAGCCGCCGCGAGCCUCCUCGCAGUCCGGCGCCGCGUCCCACAACUUCUCCCCCACCAUCCAAAGCUCCAACGGUACCACUGUGGCCAGCAACACUCAGCGACACACUCACGCCUCCAAACAGGGCGCCAACGCUCGGAAGGUGACUGUCAACGGCACGAGCUCCGGGGCUGGCAAAGAGGAGGCGAGGGGGGGCGACAAAAGCGAUUUGCCUCCGACAACCUAACGUGUGUGUACAGGGCAGCCGGGAGGACAGUGUUUGAAUUGCUCCCUUUAUUUCUUACUACAAAACAAAAAAACGGAGGAGCUCAAGCCUUCUUCCUCCUGAACAAACAGGAGGCAGAUUACUGUUAUCUGUUGGAAGGAAAGACUGAAAAGUGCAGCCAAAAAGACACUUGGAUGUGUGUGUGUGUGUGUGUGUGCGUGCGUGUGUGUAUGCGUGUGUGCGUGUGUGUGCGUGUUUGUUAGACUAGAACAGUGCACACAUACAAACUGUACAGUAUGUAUCAAAUGUGAGCAUGUGUGCAUACAUAUGUAUAAACUUAUCUUUUAUACAAGAUAUUGUAAUCGUUUUGUAUUGUAUAUGCAGUGGGUCUGUUUCAUUUCCAUACUGUAGUUCCAGCAACAUUGAUUUGGCUCCACAACACUCGAGAGACAAAAUGCUGAAAGGCGUUGGCAGUGUUCAUCGCUGCACAAGUUGGAUGUAAAGAAGAAGAAGAAGAAGAAGAAGAAGAAGAAGAAGAAGAAGAAGAAGAAGCAGAAAAAGAAGCUAACCCUUGCCUUUUGAACAGUCAUGUUAAUAACUGCUGUAUAAGUGUCCAGUAUAAGCAACCGCUCAUCAGGUAACACAGGUACAUUACAUUCAACUGUUGAUGCACUUUGUUAAGGUCCGAUCUCGUAAUCCAAACCCAACCAGAAGUAUUUUCCAACAGGAGAAGCAUUUCUAUUUACUCAAUUCCAAGCACUACCAUGCUCGCAAGCAGAUGUUUGUCAGCAGACCACGUUGUUUGUCUCAUGGCAGUCGGAAGAACUCAAAAGGGAUUUGAAUAUUUGGCCAUGUAUGAUGUAGUUCCAUAAAUUUCAACAUUCCUUUUGUUUCUUUUCAACAAACAAUGAUACUUUUUUUUUUUUUUUUCAUCAGCCAUAUGUGCAUGUUUUAGGUCAAUAAAAUGUUUACUUACUAGGUU